GUUUUAUUGACGAAAACACUUAACUUUAUCUUUUACACUUCAUAAUAUUCAAUUAAUCUUUAUUUUAUAAAAAUGUCAAAGCUAAGUGUGUGCUUGUAUGUAAAACCAAACGUAUUCAAAUUUGCCAAACAAAAAUAGAAAAAAGGAUAAUGCAUAGAAGUUUAACUAUUCAGUAUAAUUUCUACUGAGCAUUAUGGCCAAAUCAAUUUUCGAAGAAUUACUUAAUCUGAGGAAGCUGAUUAACUUUAUCCGUCGCACAGUCUUUUACAGUUUUCUCUUCCAAACACUUUACAAUGGACAACAACGUGAUGUUAAGUUUCCCUUGAUGUACACCUCUUCAAAAGGCUGGAUAAACGAUCCAAAUGGUCUUGUUUAUGCAGAAGGAACUUAUCAUUUAUUUUAUCAAAACAAUCCGUAUGGAAACACUUGGGGCAAUUUAUCUUGGGGCCAUGCUACUAGCAAAGAUCUUGUUCGCUGGGAAGAUAAAGGCGUAGCUCUGAAUUAUAAUCAAACGACUAAUGAGAUGAUGUUUUCAGGUAGUGCGGUUUUCGACAAAAACAAUACUAGUGGUCUUGGCAGUGUGGAAAAUCCUCCAAUAGUAGCGAUCUACUGUGCAUAUUAUAGUAAACCAACGACUCUUGCUGAUGGAACAAAAAUUAAGGAAGGUACACAAGCUCAGUCAAUCGCAUACAGUGUCGAUAAAGGUAAUUCUUGGAAGUUUUAUGAAAACAAUCCUGUCAUUAGGCAGCCGCCUAAAGAGUACGAUGUAGAAUACAAAAAUUUUAGAGAUCCUAAGGUUUUUUGGUACCCUCCACAUAACAAAUGGAUCAUGGUCAAUGUCGUUUCUAAAUUAAAAAGAGCACUCUUUUAUUGGUCUAAAAAUUUGAAAAAUUGGACUUAUAUGAGUACAUUCACUUCAAAGAAUAGCCCUGGUGAAAUAUGGGAAUGUCCAGAUAUUUUUGAACUUAAAAUUUCCAGGAACGAAUCCAGAUGGAUUUUAUUGAUAAGCAUAAAUCCUGGUGGGGUGGCAGGUGGUUCUGGUAUGCACUAUUAUAUUGGUCACUUCAAUGGAUACACGUUCGUUGAAGACACUAUCCAAGAUGGCAUAAAAUGGUUUGAUUUUGGUUCUGACUUUUAUGCCGGAAUCACGUGGAACAACGUUGACAGUGGACGUUUUAUAAUAGGCUGGAUCAACAAUGGGGAUUACUCAGCAGCAAUACACGAAACAUAUAAGGGAGGACUUGGAUUCGUAAGAGAAUUGAGUUUAAAAUACAUCGAUGGAAAAAUUAAAUUAAUUCAGAUGCCUAUAGAACAUUUAUAUAAGUACAAAAAACAAGAAACAAUAUAUUUUAUGGAAGAAGUACAAAAAGGAGUGACAAUAACAAAAAAUAAGGCUUACGAAUUGAUUAUUAAAAUUAACGAUAUUAAUGAAUCAGGUUUCCUAUUUAUUUUAAAAGAUGAAAAUAAAAACAACGAGCUAGAGAUACAGUAUGUUGACACAGAAAAGAUUAUUUCGAUUAAAAAAAGGAGUAGUAAUCCCAGUGACCAUGGAAGCUACGUAAAGCACACAGCACACUUUUGUCCAGAAAUCAGAGAAGAACUAAGAAUUCUUCUCGACAGUAAUUCAUUGACUUUAUUCAACAGGUUAGGUGAUAUAGUUUUCACUGAGUUGCUGCUUUCUAAUGCACAAGAAAGAACAUUUUAUUUAGCACAAGGAUCUGGACUUAGGGUGUCUGUGACCAAAUCUGUAUUUUCCGGAUCCAACAGAAAAAUAUUGUCAAUCGAGAUAUUCACUGCAUGCAUUUUCAGUAUUGUUACCAUGAUGUUUUGGGGAAAAAUAUAAAUAACUUAUUAUUAUAGUAAAUUAAAUAUUCAAUAAUCGUAAACUACACUUAGGUAAUAAGCUAAUACACUUAGCUAAUACACUUAGGUAUACAUAUUCUUUAAAUACACGGUAGUAAACUCAUAGUUUAUACAACUGCUGUAACGAAUGAUUUAAUUCUAUUUUAAUCAAUGUAAUCAAUCAAUUUAUUAACACUCACAUCUGCCACUCUUUUAUAAUUGUCUUUCUUCAUCUUACAUUGUGCCAAUGCUGUUAUGCCAUUUUAGAAAUAUAUUGUUAAAAAUGAUUCUUCACUCAGUUCAUCUUUACAAUUCUUUGAAGAAACACAUUUAUUAUUUUUUUAAAGCCUAGUGUAAAAUUUGUUUCUAAAAAGUAAGUGAUUUGUUUUAAUAAUUUAAAUACCCGCAUUAAUAUAAUAUUUAAAAUUAUUAUUUUCACUAAAUUUUUAUUAUUUUAUUAGAUCAUGCUCAAAUAAACAUUCAUUUAAUACCUCAAACAUUUUGUGUUAAUGUCAUUUAAUUGAGUAUACAUUAUCUUGCUAUCGCCAAUGGUACAAACAGAAAAUAUUAUUAUUCAUCGCAUAAAACUCAACAAUAACCGAAAGGAUAAGUACACCUAGACCAGGUGGUCUAUUUUUGAAUUUUAUAUUGGUGUACUAAUCUGUUUAGUAUACUAAAACAUGACGUUUUAGUGCAACUAUUAG